AUGGGAGGUGGAUUUCAUUUCUUUGUGUUUUGCUGUGUAUGUUUAUUAGUAGAAAUCAAAGCGGUCGACCCCCCACUAUGUGAUUCUGACUGGGAAGCUAAUGAUAUCUAUUGUUAUUAUUUUAAUAAUGGUGAUAAUAGAACGUGGCAACAUGCUAUAGAGGCCUGUGAGGCUAAACAAGCUCAACUUGUGAGAAUUGAAUCAGCCGAUGAACUGUCAUUUUUGAAGCGGAAAUUCCAGGGAUAUCCAGCGGCUGAUUAUUGGACAGCGUUAAAUCAGCUGAAGACAGAUGGGGACGGAGCUACGGGCACCUGGCUAUGGGGAACUGAUGAAUAUCCCGAUUUUAGCAUCGUUAAAUGGAAUAAAGAACCUGAUAAUAGUAAUGAUGAAGACUGUGGUGCUAUCAGUAUUCAGGCAACAUUCAGUGAUGAACAAUGCUCCUCGACUCUACCCUAUAUUUGUGAAACAGACAUCUCUUCCUCAUUCGAGUGUCCCAGCUAUGAUUGGACAGAGGGAGAGAAGGACUGUUUUCUGGUUAGUAAUUAUACGGAUACCAGCCAGUUUUUAACUUGGCAGCAAGCUAAUGCUAAGUGUACGUCGAUGUCGACCUCGACCGCUACCGUACAUCUUAUGACCUUUGAUGUAGACAGUGAUUCGGAUAUUCUUAGUAAAACUUUACCAUUCUACAACACAGACACCAGAUAUUGGACUGGUUUAAAUGAUAUUGACCAGGAAGGACAGUAUAUAUGGGUCUGGAAGACUGGACCUACAUACAAUCCUCAAAAUAUAAAAUGGACGCAAGAACCAGAUAAUUUGGCAGGAAGGGAAUGGUGUGCUACAGCAACCCAAGAAGGGACUUUCAGUGACAGAGACUGUAAUAAAGCAUUUAAUUUUGUCUGUAGAAAACCUCAGGCAUCUAAGUCUGAUACUCAUGAUUUUGGUUGUGGUCAGUGGUCUCGAGCUGGUCAUAAAUGCUAUGAAGUUUAUAAUGCUCCGAAGUCUAGCUGGGCUGACGCUCGUGCCGCAUGUCAGAAACUCAGUGGUGAUUUGGUGAAGAUUGAGUCUGAAGAUGAACUAAGAUAUAUGACGAUGCAGUCAGCCGGACAAGUCAUGGAUCAAGGAACAUAUUGGAUAGGUUUAAAUGAUCAGUCAACAGAAGGGACGUAUGUGUGGGCGGAUGGUACUGAAGCAGAUUCUUCUUUGAUAAAUUGGGAAAUAAGUCCAAGGAAUGCUAUCCCCAAUCAACAUUGUGCUGGUAUAAACCGAGAUGGAACGAAGAUGGAUUUCCCCUGUACUGUCUUUCAACUGGGUUAUGUUUGUGAAAAGCCAAUGGACAAAAGCGAGAACUGUCCUAAUAGUUGGUCUUUAUACAAUUAUAACUGUUACUUUCUCUCUGUGGAUCUGACGGACAGAGAAACUGCUUUGAGUAUCUGUAAGAGAAAGAAAGGAAAGCUCCUCGCUGUGAAUGAUGCCCAAGAAAUGCAAUAUGUCAUGUCAUUAGUUGGAGAUAUCGAUACUUGGCCUAAUAUGUGGUGGAUUGGACUAAAUGAUAAAAUAGUGAAUGGACAAUGGACGUAUCCUGAUGACUCUGAUAACUGGUCUGGUGUGGAUGGACUCAUUCCCUGGUCUACAGAACCUAAUAACUAUAAUGGUAAUGAAGAUUGUGUUAGUAUAGAAUACAGUGGAGGAAUGAAUGAUGCAGGAUGUGAUAGAUUAAAGGGAUUUAUUUGUGAGAAAUCUUCGCCUGGGCCAGCUAUCUUCCACAGUAAAUGGUUACUAUGUUUCACUUCAUUAUAUCUAAUGUAUAUUCACCAUUGA